UGGCAGAGGCACUGCAGGUUGCCAUGAAUGCGAUGGUCGCUGACGUCAUGAAUAUACUCUCCCUGCCAACGAGUUCGCCCAUGGAUAUGGAAGCUUUUCUGAAGGAUUCUGGUUUACCCGGUUACGAUGUUGCCUUCAACACACCAGAUUUAGGACUCCUGGACGACAAGAGACGUGCAGACAGUCAGGAAGGUUCUACGGACUACUCCAGCCUUGUGUCUGUGCUCAUGAUCCGCCUGCUGUCAAAACUACAAAAUGAGGAUUCACUCUCUGACGAUAUGCUGGAUCAAUGCAGAGAACUUAUCAACAAGGUGCUCUCUGAGCUCACAGCAGCACUUGGUGUCUCCAAAACUGACUUUUGCCCUGCUGGUGUGAACAUUUGCAAAGUAUUCAAAGUUAUCUACAAUAACCUCCUGAGUGAAUAUGGAUCAAAGAACAGUGUCCUGUUGGCCUUGGAGAUAAAGGACCCCUCAGUAGAGAAGAUUGUUGUGAGAUCUUUGAUCAGCGAGAUUACGACUGAUGUGACAAAUGAUAAUGACGCUACACCUAAGAAAGACAAGAGAGGGAGUGGAUGCUUUCAGUUCCUUCCAAAUAUGAAGAAGAUCAAGUCUUGCCUGAAGAGAAACAAGUCAGGCAGCCAAAGAAAGGCCAACACAGAUGGAGCCACAGCAAUCAGCAUCACUGACAAUAUUGCCGUUUCCCCAGAGUCCUUUGCCUGUUCGGUCUCAUUGGAUGAGGAGCCAUGCAUCCCCAUUGGCUCACCUGAGAAGAGACGCUCUCUCUUCACCCGCAUCAGAUCUUUCUUUAAGAGGAGGUCUUCUGCGGUCUCGCCAGUGUAGCUCAAGUAACAACUUGAAUGGCCUCAGCUGUGGCGCAACUGGCUGGGGCACCUGCACUGAACGCCGGUGACCUGGGUUCGAUUCCCGCCCUGCGGUCCUUUCCGGAUAUCACCCCUGCUCUCUCUCCCAUUCACUUCCUGUCACCCUUCACUUCAAAAGGCCCCAAAAUCUUUCAUCUAAAUUUAACUUUUUGAACCUCUGUUAUUUUUUGCUCCUGUGCGUCCCCAUUGGCUCACCUGAGAAGAGAUGUUCUCUCUUCACCCGCAUCAGAUCUUUCUUUAAGAGGAGGUCAUCUGCGGUCUAGCCAGUGCAGCACAAGUAGCAACUUGUGUAACCAACCAAACGGAAAAACUUGAAUCUAAAUUUAUUCUUUUACUUUUUGAACCUCUGUUAUUUUUUGCUCCUGUGCGGCCCCAUUGGAUGAGGAGCCAUGCUCCACCUCUGGCUCUCCUGAGAGGAGACGCUCUCUCUUCACCCGCAUCUUUAAGAGGAGGUCCUCUGCGGUCUCGCCAGUGCAGCUGAAGUAGCAACUUGAACCAACCAAAUGGAAAAACUUGAAUUUAAAUGUAUUCUUUUACUUACUUUGAUAGUAGAUAUUGACAGGAAGUGAAUGGAAGGGAGAGCAGGGGUAGGAACCAG